AUGGCUACACUGGCCGAACACCCGACCGUUGCCCCAUCGUCGACGACCUGCUACGACCCUGACAUCGACUCCUUCCUCAACCUCGACCAGAUCACCUACGCUACCGAAGCUCCCAGACCAAAGGCUUCGCUUCCCAGCCAGCCCGCCGUCCCAAGCACAGAUUUCGCCGCUGGUGAUGUUCGCAGUGCCGGCUUCGCCUCAAAUGGUCAAACACCGAUCGCUUUCCAGGCCCCGAGCCACCAAUAUGACGAACACAAGCAGCAGACUGGUCUUCCUCCGGGCGCUCUCGCCCAUGCGAUGUCCUUCAACCAUGCCAACAACAUGGGCUAUGGCAGUGCCAGCCCUGGGUUUGCCAUGGGAGGAGACAUGUACCCGCAGAUGAAGCGCGAGGAUCCCCUUGAUUUCAAUGCCAUCCCCGCCCGUAACCCAUCUGAGAUGGACAUGGAGGGCGAUAACAUCGGUUCCGUUCCCGGUUAUUUCUUCUCGCCAAACCCCAACAAGGCCCAGUUUGUCGACCCCAAUGCUCUGGGAAGCCAGGAGGCUGUUCCCGCUGGACACUCGACCCAGGUUGGUCGUAUGUACCCGGGUAUGCACCAGCAACAAGCAGCCAUGGCCAAGGCCGCUCAACAACAGAGACAGCAUGAGAUGCUUCGCCAGCAGCAGCAGCAGCAGCAGCAGCAGCAACUCCAGCAGCGUCGCAUGGAGGAGCAGACCCAACAGAACAACGCUUCUCAGUCCCGUCCUCAGCGGAAUUCCGACCCUGUUGUUGAAGAGCGUAUUUCUCGCCUUCUCCAGCAGAUCAGACAGAGCUCGAUGAGUUCGCCCUCCGACUCUCCCAGUCCUUCCCUUUUGCCUCAGAUGGCCAAGGCCAAGAAGGAGGAGCAGGAUAUGGACGAGGACGAGAGACUCCUUGCUAGCGAAGAGGGCAAGAAGCUCAGCAGCAAGGAGCGCCGUCAGCUCCGUAACAAGGUUUCCGCUCGUGCUUUCCGCUCUCGCCGAAAGGAAUAUAUCGGCCAGCUUGAAAGCGAAAUUGCCUCGCGCACCAACGAGUCGCACGAACUUCGCAUCCAGAACCGCGCUCUUUACGAGGAGAAUGCCCGUCUGACCGACCUUGCUCACAUGCUUUUGUCGUCGCCUCAAUUCUCGAACUUUAUGGAAGAAAUGAACGUCAGCGGUCUGCCUCAGCUCCAGACCACUUCCAAGCAGCAGCCUCAGCAGUCGCAGCCGCAGCCUCAACAGCAGCAGCAGCCGGCCCAGCCCUCUCAGCCGCCUAUGCAAGCCAGUGUCCCCGAGGCCACCCAGAACCAGGCUCCCCAAGAUUUCCAGAUGCAGCAGAACAUGGUCAUGGUUCCCAACCAGGGCAUAGACAUGACUAGCAUGGGUCUGAACGGCGGAUGGAACUCUGGAAUUGACAUGAACUACGCCAACACCCCCGUCUUUGCCGUUAUGGAGGUGCCUGAGGGUCCUGCUCUUGAUGCGGAAGUUCUUUCCGGAAAAUCCUCCAGCCUUGGUAGCAUCCUCCCGGAGUCUACCAAGCAGGAAGCCCCUGUCCUUGAGCGCGCACCGCAGGUCGAGGAGCCCAAGAAAGUGACCGGUGUUGAGAACCCUGACGUUGAGAUUGACGAGUCCGAUCCUGCUUUUGCUCUGUUUGUCGACUCCGUUAAGUCGCAACCACACACCGAGGAGUCGUUCGAGGGAGUCAAAUCGGAAAAGGCUCCGGCCUUUGAGCUUGUUGUUGAGAGUGACUCCAAGACUACCGAAGCCCGAUUCGCUCAACUAUGUCUCAGCAUGGAAGCUUCUUUCGAACGUGUUUCUAUGGUGACUUCUCAUCUCUCAUGA